AUUUGAAUGGUAAAACUCUGUAACGCUAGCGAACCUGCACAGAGAGGAGUUGCGCUUGACUUUAACCAGUUUGUCACGUUUCGGAUUUACAUACCUGAGUAGACCUCAAGAAACUUGAUAGAAUGAAUCGUGUCCCUUAUUAUGGCAGCUGGUAAGCAUGUCCGGCAUCGAGAAGUCUUUAAGGUCAACUGGAAUAAGUCCAAUGGCUUUCUGUGAUCCUGUCAGCACAUUUCUGUUGAAAAGAACAUGAAGCAGGUGGAUAUUAUAAAUAAGGAAGAAUUAGAUAAAGAAAGAUUUCAAGUUCAUUACGGAGUACGCAGUCCCGGCACAGUGAAGCGAUUGUCAUCUUGCAAGAGGAAGGGUUAUCCACUGGUGGAGGUGGGCUUAAAGCUGCACCGCAGAACAUCAGAUGUAGGCCGUGCCUGUGACCCCGGCAUGGCCAACAAAGAAAAUGAGCUGACGUGCUCCGAUGAUGUGCGGGGCAUUCACUACAAUGACAACUGCGGGCUCCCUGUAAACUCUGCAGAGGCCUCCAAGAUGGCAGGGGCCAGCUCCAAGUACAGCGACUUUACUGAGCUGUCAAAGGACCAUGAAGCUAUGACUCACGUCCUUUUUGGAAGGAAUCUACGACUAAAAGUAGCUCUAACGCUAUGGCGAAGAAAUGCCAGUGAAUUAGUGGCCUACUUAAUAAGAAUUCAAGACACAGGAGUGCUGCUUGACUGCUUACCUGUCUUAACAAACAAUCUUCAGACUGAAGCACCAUGUUUGUCACUUGGCUGCUGUGUUGACCUCCUGCCCCAAGUCAAAGUGAUUCUUGCCAGUAAAUACGAAGAACACAUAGUGGUGGGUUUACACUGGGUUCAAUCCGUCAUCAGGAAAUGGUGGCCAGAACUUUCAAAGAAUGAGAAAAGACUGCGGGACAGUUGUUCAGAAGACAGGAAUAUUGAAGUCAUGAAGCAGCGGCUGAAGGACUUGUGGAAGGAAGGAGCCCGGUUAUGUUUGGUUCCCGGAUCAACAGGAGAACUGGCAAAGGCCAUUGAGGCUUAUCUAUCACAGCUGCCCUGACAGUUGUCGGUGCGGCACUAUGAGGAUGUGACCACUACUGGCGGAUCAUGGCUGUGUUUCGAACUGAUAAUGAUGCCACAGAAAUGGACUGGUUCAUUCUGCCACUUAAACUCAAACCUCUUACUGGGACUGAACUUGAUAAUUCAGACAACUCCCUCAGUGAGAGCUGGAGACUCCUAAGGAGGGCUCUAAGAGCCUUUCUGCAAAAAAAAAAAAAAACAGCAAAUGACUGCUUCACAUUGAAGUGGACC